CUGCACCGUUUCUCCGUUGGCUGCAGCGGCUCUCCGCCCAUGUCCCGUCCACGCAACACUCUCAGCUUCAGGGCUGCUAAAUGAUUUUCUGGGGGAGGACUUUUAACCGACGAGAUGAUGCUCGUACUCCUGCUGGCCGCCUUUUCCUCCUCCAUCUCAAGCUCCUCCCUCUCCUCCCCCUCCAUGUCGGACGGACCCCCGAUGGCGGACCCGGACUUGAUGGCCGAAACGUGUAGCGCCUGCUCGUGCAUGUCUGUGGAAAACGUGCUAUACGUCAACUGCGAGAAGAUCGCCGUGUACCGGCCAACGCAACUUGUUCCACCAGUGUCGUCGUUAUACCACCUCAAUUUCCAAAACAACUUCUUAAUUAUUCUCUAUCCGAACUCGUUCCUUAACUUCACCCAUGCUGUGUCUCUGCAUCUUGGCAACAAUCAGCUGCAGAACGUGGAAGGCGGCGCGUUUAUGGGGAUGAGUGCGUUGAAGCAGCUGCACCUGAACAAUAACGAGUUGAAGGUGUUGCGAGCAGACACUUUUCAAGGGAUAGAAAACUUGGAGUACCUUCAGGCCGACUACAACUUGAUAAAGUACAUUGAAAAGGGAGCAUUCAAUAAACUGCACAGGCUAAAAGUGCUGAUUUUAAAUGACAACCUCAUACAGGCACUUCCUGACAACAUAUUUCGCUUUGCCUCCCUCACACACCUGGAUAUAAGAGGGAAUAGGAUCCAGAAGCUUCCAUAUUUGGGAGUCCUGGAGCACAUUGGACGCAUUGUUGAGCUUCAGCUGGAUGAUAACCCCUGGAACUGUACGUGUGACUUGGCACCUCUCAAGGCGUGGCUUGAAAACAUGCCCUAUAAUAUUUUUAUUGGCGAGGCCAUAUGUGAAACACCAAUUGACUUAUAUGGAAGGCUACUAAAAGAAACCAACAAGCAGGAGCUUUGCCCCAUGGGCACAGGAUCGGACUUUGAUGUGAGAAUGCCACCUGCGCUCCCUGAUACUGGCCAAUCCCCCUCUAAAAUAUCCCCCACCUCUGUGGUUCAAAUUGCCACCAAAUCACCAAAAACCACGGACGCCUCUAAAAUAUAUGGUAAUGGCAUUGUAGCCGGUUCACCCCCCUUUGGUAGAAAUAGCCAGAUUGUUUCUUUUCAAACGCGAACCCCGCCGCUGUUGUGCCCAAAGCCCUGUAGUUGUAAAACCCACCCUUCAGAUUUCGGCAUUAGUGUCAGUUGUCAGGAAAGAAAUGUGAAAAAUCUAGUUGAGCUCCUUCCUAAACCCCCAAACGCCAAGAAACUCCACUUAAGUGGGAAUUACAUUCGUGACAUAAGCCCAACUGAUUUCCAAGGGUUUGAAGGUUUGGAUCUGCUGCAUCUUGGCAGCAACCAAAUUGUAACUGUUGAGAAAGGAGUGUUCGCUAACCUCACAAAUCUGAGAAGACUGUAUCUGAAUGGGAAUCAGAUAGAACAGUUACAUCCUGAGAUGUUUUUGGGCCUCACAAAUCUGCAGUACCUAUAUCUGGAAUAUAAUGCCAUCAAAGAAAUCCUGGCGGGCACCUUUGAUUCAAUGCCAAAUUUACAACUACUGUAUCUCAAUAAUAAUGUUUUGCGGAGUCUCCCCGCUUAUGUGUUUGCUGGCGUCUCUUUAGCCAAACUAAAUCUGAAAAACAACCAUUUCAUGACACUGCCAGUAAGCGGGGUCUUGGAUCAGCUACGGUCUUUGACCCAGAUAGACUUAGAGGGGAACCCGUGGGAGUGUUCUUGCGACUUGGUUGCGCUCAAGAUGUGGCUCGAAAAGCUAAACGAUGGAGUGACCGCUAAAGAAGUGAGAUGUGCCUCCCCUGUGCAGUUCGCCAACAUCGAACUGCGCCUCUUAAAAAGCGAGAUCCUGUGCCCGAAGCUGAUAGCACGACCACCGUUUAUUUUUACCAGCGCCACCCCUCUUUUGACUUCAUUGUCACCUGCUGGGGUCGGCAAAGCCCCUCCAGGAGGGCCUGUACCUCUCUCAAUCAUGAUCCUGAGUAUUCUUGUUGUGCUAAUACUUACGGUGUUUGUGGCCUUCUGCCUUCUAGUCUUUGUCCUUAGAAGGAACAAAAAACCAGUCGGUCGGCAGGAGCUGGGGAAUCAGGAGUGUGGGUCAAUGUCACUGCAGCCUUACCGGCAUGGACAUAAGUCGGGCAAAAAAGGAUCCAUCCCAGGAGAUGACUUGGGAGGCGAAACAUUUAUUCCACACACCAUUGAACACAUUAGCAAGAGUCACACAUGCGGGAUCGGACGCUCGUCAGACAUUGACGCCGGGUUUAAGUUUGCUGACUCGCAGAGGCAGAAGAUUAUCCUCCGGAGUAGCGACGACAAAGACGCACUAUCCACCCUGGAGCGCAACAAGCGCCUCAGUACAAUCGACGAACUGGAGGAAUUCCUCCCGAACCGAGAGCCCAGCAUGUUCCUCCAGAACUUUCUGGAAGGCAAGAGAGAUUUCAACAGCAUAGGAAUGAGUGGAUACGAAAUCCGCUACCCAGAGAAAUCGCUGGAUCGAAAGAUGAAGAAGUCGUCGCUGAUAGGCGGAAACCACAGUAAAAUUGUGGUGGAGCAAAGAAAAAGUGAGUAUUAUGAGCUGAAAGCCAAGCUGCAAGGAACACCUGAUUACCUCCAGGUGCUGGAGGAGCAGACUGCACUGACUAAAAUGUAGAAAUUGUUGUCUUUGCUUCGGUACAGUGAAUACACAAACACAUAAAGACGGUCUUCUUUUCUUUUGCUCUUUCUCCCCUUUUAGUCGCACACAUCAUUUAACCCCAACCCUCCGUUAUCUUUCUUUAUCUCUCUGCAGCCAGCUGAGCGCGUGCACUCACACACACACACACACACACAGCAAAAAAGUGCCUUCCGGAAAUUCUUAAUGACCACUGCAUAGAUGGACAAAAUGGCUCUGCACUUUUUUAAUGUGGACCGGUGAGGAUAUUUGUGACAAUGCAAGACUUAUGGAUCAUCUUAUCAAGACAAGACAGCCUGUAAACAACCCACUGUCUUUCGCUGCUACGGACGUGGCUACUAGUCUUGUUCUUAUUAUUUGACUCUUCUUUUGUUGUUGGUUCUUUUACUGCCAAAUGAAAUCCUUUCAGAAACUGUGCUUGAGAAUAUACCUCGCAGGCUCCACCCCUCAUUUUCAAACGAGAUGGAAACUGAACAACCUUGUUUUCUUCUCGGCUCGCUACUUCUGGGAUUAGUUACAAAGGGAUGAAUUCGUGGAUGGUACCUUGGUUUGAUUUUACCUUGGGAGGAUAUUUGUUUGUUCUUCGGGGAGCUCUCUACGGCCGGUUGCAGACUUGAUGCCAUUUUGGCAGGAUUAUAAACAAGUGGCAGACUACCUGCCCUAUGCUGUCAGGCUAAAUGGCUCCUGCUGUGUGUUCACCAGAGAACAAUGCAGCGCAAAACUCCUCCAAGAAUGAGUUCACCACUUGUUUUCUUUGUGUAAAGAGGCGUGUUUAUAUAUAGUGUGUUCUGAAUGAAGUUGUGUUGCUACAUCCAACCAUGUUCUUUGGGUGAAACCGAAUCAGCAAUGACACUGUCAAAAGAUGACGUCUCUUCAAAUGGAUAAAAGAGUACAAAGUUGCUUGCCAUGUAAGCGUAACUUGGAAUUUAUUUUGUAAGUCUUACAUUAUUUGUAUCUGUGGGACUGGUUUGUACAUGACAAAGACUAAAACAUGCACACACACAUGCUGAAUGGCGGCGCAUCAUCAUCUCGAUCAGGGGUCUCAAACUUCCGGUGCGUUUGUGGCCCUCUGCUUAACUUCAUAGUUUAGUGUAAUUGCAGCCUGCACAUCCUGGGCAGCUAAUAGUUAAAUAUAUUAUGGCAAUCUUGAAUCUCACUAGCAGGGCCACCUCUUGCUAUGGAUCCCGCUAUUCGUGGGGAAGCCCAGUUUAGCGUGGGAAAAGUGCAUGUAAAAUUAAUGAAGGACAGAGCGCUUCAUAUGAAUUUUUACCGCAAACUUCGGUUACAUUUCCAAUAUAAUGCUUGAUUCAGAUUUUUUUUUUUAAAUUCCACAUUUUUUAUAGUCAUUCAUGUUACCAAAAAUAAAUUAUUUUAAAUGUGAACAGAAAAAACACCCAAAGUGAUCCACAUGGCACUCAGUAUUAGUGCUGGUCUUGUAUAAAGCUGUCCAGGGUUCAAAUCCAAGUCAAAGAUGUGUCAGUAAAGUAUAUAGAUUUAUAUUUUGAUUAUGUAAAACGUGUUAUUAAGCAUUAAAAAAAUAUGUUUUUAUCAACAAUGUAUUCCCCACGAAUUGUUUGUAGUACAAUUAUGCAUCAAAUUAAACUUAUAUUUGAUUUGAUAAAGUAAGACAAUUGUUUGAAAAAGUGUCAACAAAUUUGUAAUGGUGGGGGGGCUCAAAAUAAAAUUCUGCUUAGGGCUCCAAUUUACUUGACACUAACUACACAAUGGAACCAACAAAUCUUUGAAUGUAUUUGUUAUUCAAAUUGUUCUUUUUUUCUUUUUCAAGUUAUAAAAGUCAUUUUGGAACAAUAGUCUUCCCCAACAUGCUUCGGUCAACCAAAAAAAAAAAGACGUGUGGAGGCCUGUUAGUCCAACAAAUUAUGCACUGUUGUUAGGGAUGUAGCGAUAUGAAGAUAUUAUAUCAUGCAUAUUGUGACCAAAAUGAUCAUGGUUAUCAUUAUUGUCACAGUAUUGUUGAAUGUGCUCAAAAAGGACUGAAAUCCCUGAUAUCUUUUAACCAAGUUUUAUUUCAAUCAUAUACAUAGACAAUAUAUUUUCUUGGUAGAAGAAACAUUUAAUGUUGUUGUGACUUCUUAACACCCAUUUAUUUUUGCAAAGGUUUGUGAGUGUUUAAAAAAAAAAAAAAAAUGAUAUCAAAGCAAAGGAUGCCAGUUCAUCUAACGUCACAUGAGUUUGCUCCCUGUUGUUGACGCCUCUGUGUAUUGCGCUUCAUAUUUAUCUGUCAUAAGAGAGCACAGCCUGGAGGUUGAAUGUGCAUAAUGAAAUAUCCUACUUGCUCAGACAGCAACGUGUUUAUAUAAGUCUAGAUUGGGAUAUAUCAAUUUUUAUCGGGGGAAGACGUUAAAAGGGACCUAUUAUGCCUUUUUUUCUACAUUUAAAACACUUCCUUGUGGUCUACAUAACAUGUAAUGUUGGUACUUCGGUCAACAUUUUGCAUACAUUAUGUUUUACAGCCUUUCUACAAGGCACUUUCUGACCUUCUCUACAGGAUGCGCCGUUUUGUGGGCAGGCUUAUUUACCUCCGUUUGGACUGCGUCAUCCGUGUUUUAUUUUUUUAGCACUUGUAGAGCGAGUCUACAAACAGAUAUGUUAGAAGUAUACGCUACUAUGUAUUAAAAAUAGCAACAUCAGAGAAUGCAUGUGCGGUGUGAGAUAUCCGCUAAUGUAUAUCUCGAACCGAAACGGCUCGUUUGGUUUAAAUAUGAAGGAAGGUAGCUUUAUUUUAUGAAUAUCUCAGCAAUGCCACCACGGCUAGAUUUCAAAUUUUCGGGACUUGAGCAGAUCCCAAAUACACAAAAACAUUGCAUAAUAGGUCCCUUUGAAUGUCUAUUUUUUUUCAUGUUAGCGUUUAAGUUAGCUGGCGCUAGCCAGUCCAUGAGUUUAUAAAAAAAAUGCAGUUAUCAGUCACUGUUUUUCGAUAAUUUUACUUGAAAGCGAUACUACUGACUGUCGGGAGUUUUUUCGCAGAUUAUGAAUAAUACCGUUUAUCAUUACAUCCCUAACUGUGGUGCAAGCAAAUUUUCAAACAGUGCAGUCAUGUUGCAUCAAAAAGCUGACUUUUUGACUGUUAGGAAGUUGAGAGAGUAUGGCUGUGCAAAAUCUUCAUCCCAAAAUUCCCAAAGAGGAAUGUGUCACAGUAAUUGACAAUUUUGCCAAAAAAUCUGUAAAUUGGCCUCCAAUGUCGCGAAGCCCCAUUCGGAGCAUAUUUUGGAAAGCACAUUGCUUUAAUGGAAAGCGACCAAGAUAACUGACACUUUUGGGAAUUUAUGUACGUAGGCCGAAGGUUUUUAUUUUAAAUUUUUUUGGAUUCAUUAAGAUUGUUAUGGGUUCUGUUUUUUUGGGUCACUGUUACUAUAACAGAAUGACAACAAAGACACAUUGGGCAACACAAAGAGCAACUUCCCAUAAGCAAGCAGGAUUGUUUGACCAUUUCCUGGGAAGCUCAACUGUGUCAAAAUAAAUGUAUAUAAUAUUUAUACCUUUAGUCAUGUGGUUAAAACGUGAUUCUAAAGUGAACACUUAGUGCAGCCCAGCCUCUACCUCCAAUUACAUUGAGUUUGAGACCCCGGAUCUUGAGACAUGACAAAGAGAUUCUUGAUAUUACUAUCAGUGAUUACGUCUGCCUCCCUUGUCAUUUUAAAAUGAUCUAAAAACAUAAUUAAUUUAUUUUUUCUAUGCAGGUGUUAUUUAAAGAGUUUGAUAUUAUGCCCCAAGAAAAAACUACUUUCAUUAGAGCUAAUAUAAGUCACGGGUAUAGAUUGUUGAUUUGUUCAAUGUUUUUGUUUUAUUUUUAAUCUGUGAAGGCAUAGACACUUUCCUUAUUUCUACGUCUCCCGCGGCAUUGUGUAAAAGGAUUCUACUGAACAUUAUGCAACCAAAAUAAAUGUGCAGUCAACUUAAAUAAGAUUCUGGAUUGUUGAUAUGGCAAGUGGUGACAUUUUAAAGAGUGUGGUCUCCGACGAUGUGGACAGAAACAUGUCAUAAUGUGCAAUAUUAGGAAAUAUUUAAGUCAUAAUGGCUUCAAAUCCUCUUUGUUUUAAUUUGUUUAGUUUGAGGUAGUAUUGUGAGACAGGAUCUACUUCAAAAUCAGUUGAUCUACUUAACUCUAUACAGUCUUUAUUUAAAAAUAUUGUUAAGUUAAACUGAUGAGUGUUUAUUGACAUUGCAAAUUGAAUAAAAUGUAUCUUGGAACGUAUAAUAAAUCCAAUUUUCUAUCAGUCAUAAAUCUCUUGUAUAAUGGUUAUUUUCUCUUGUACUAUCAUGUUUAAAUUAAGGUAUUAAAAUCAGUUACUUUUAGCACCGUGUCAACCCAACUUCUUUUUUUGCACUGUUUUUGGUUUGCUAGGAUGCUUUAAAACUGAUGUUGAGACAGAUUUUUUUAGUUAACUCCUUCAUUUUUUGCCAUGCUGCCAGACAUACAUGUAUAAUUUAAGAAAAUAAGUCUGGAAAAAAACUGCAUUGAAAACCACGCCAUACGUUGAAGUUUAUUUCAAACAUGUAUGCAGUUCCAACAUAAUACAUCACAUAUUUUAAUUUCACUUUACAGUAUGUCCGAAAAGGAGUAGGAAGAAGCAGAGCUUAUCUAUUCUUACCCCCUUUCCCCUUCAUAGCAGUUACUUACACAUAUCUGUUCUCUUCCUUUUUUCAGUUCCGAGCACAAUUUACAUCAAUGAUUUAGAAAUAAAACAGUUAACUUCAUGAAAUUAACUUAUCUUAAUGAGAUGAAUAAUAUCUAAUUCUCAAUAAGUAUCAUAAUCAUUCUUCCUUGUACUUUGUGAACACUUGUAGUUUAAACAACUUCUUGAACCACAGUCCCCCCAGGAAUCUGUAAUGUCGCCAAUCCUCGCAACAUUGUCCAAUGUCCACAACUUCCUGCAUAUUUUCGCCAGUCAAAUGUCUCAGAGUGGCGCUCAAACACGCAGGUAAACAGUCUAAUCGAGACUUAUGUUUGUUUCUUGUGUAGACAAAGCAAGUACAACGUGUAAGAAUAUAUCAAGGCUUUACUAAUGGGGAAAAAAAAACACAAAUGCCGUCCUACAACUUCAAGCCUUCUGGCUAAUGUAGUAUAUACACAUUUAUUUCCUUCUUUACAUGUAUUUAUAUAUUUAUUUAAGGUUUAUUUAUCCAAGGUAAUGCAAUUAAGAACAUAUUUGCAUUUCAAUGUUGACUGAGCAUAGAAGCACAUUUGACAGAGAUGUGGAAGCGUGACAAUCGCUCAUCAUCUGUCAUUACUAACAGAAAUUAGCGCUAUAAAUUGCUCUCAACCGUCCACAUUUUCUUAAUGUGCAGGGUAAAAGUGUUGGAACAAAAAUUAAUGUUUAAGAUGGACUAUCACUUCUCAUGUGUAAAACAUACACAGAGAAUGUCUGCAACUUUUGGAUGACAGAACAGACAGCGGACAAUAUGGAAGCCUCUUCUUUCUAUAAUUAUAUGUAAUUAUUAGGAUUAUAAUAUAUAAUCUUAAAACUAUGACUGGGUAUGGGCAAGGACUUCAUGAUAUAUGUAUCACGAUGCUUGAGUAACGAUAUUGUGAUAUGGCAAUAUUCCACAUAGUUUACUGAUAAAUGCAAAAUGUAAGUUCUACAUACAGGUGAAACUCAAAAAAUUUGAAUAUUGUGCUAAAGUCCAUUCAUGUCAAUAGUUCAACUUCAAAUGUGAAACUUCAAAUACAUUUUGAUAUAAACUGUUUACUUGCUAAAUUAGAUAUUUCAAGCCUUUAUUUAGAAUACAUUUGAUGGUCAUGGCUUACAGUUUUUGAAAACCUUCAUAGUAAAACAUUCAUAGCUUCAUAGGAAAAUAGUGCAGGUACUAGACUGGCCUGCCUGUAGUCCAGACUUGUCUCCCAUUGAAAAUGUGUGGCGCAUUAUGAAGCGUAUAAUACGACAACGGAGACCCCGGACUGUUGAACAACUUAAGCUGUACAUCAAGUAAGAAUGGGAAAUAAUUCCACCUGAAAAUCUUCAAAUAUUGGUCCCAGUUCCCAAACAUUUACUGAGUGUUGUUAAAAGGAAAGGCCAUGUAACACAGUGGUAAAAAUCCCCCGGUGCCAACUUUUUUGCAAUGUGUUGCUGCCUUUAAAUUCUAAGUUAAUUACUAUUUGCAAAAAAAAACCAUUGAACAUUAAAUAUCUUGUCUUUGCAGUCUAUUCAAUUAAAUAUAAGUUGAAAAGGAUUUGCAAACCAUUGUAUUCUGUUUGUAUUUACGAACUACACAACGUGCCAACUUCACUGGUUUUGGGUUUUGUAAUUUUCUAACCCCAAAAUAAGACAACACAGUAAUUUGACACUGAGAUAUAAGUUUGUGCUUUUACUGCCAUCUAGUGUAAGUCUGUGGUAUGAAACACGUACAAAAAUCUAUUCAAUAUUUGUUUUCCAAUUGUUGAAGUCCUGUGCUUUAAGUAGUUAUGGUUACAAGGAACACUUGAACAUUGAUAACAAAUUCAUGAAUCGAUUCAUUGUUGUUGGGGAAAAAUUCAAUGUUGCAACGUUCGGGAAUAAGCCGCGGCAAAUUUAGGCCACAACAAACACAAAAAAAUCCUGUGAAAUCCCAGAGGGACUGAUUCUAUACGCGAUCUGUGGUCAUGUUUUUACUGUAGCAGAUGUUUCUGAGCGAAUACUUUUCCUCAAAAUACGGUUAUUUUCUCAUUUCCUAUUUGGCAACUCGUGAUUGUCUGACUGUAAAGCGUCACAAUGUUGUAUUACUUUAGUUACCUAACAUAAAAAAAGAAGUUGACUUUGUUUGUCUGCAUCAUGGAAGCUGGUUGUAAAAAUAAGCAUCUGCUCAUGAAAAAUGUCAUUAAUAUUUAAAUCCCAAAUAUAAACAAGGAGAGUGGGAACCAGUGUUCUUUAUCCUGUUUUUGAAUGUCACUUUGAUGUCUUAUUUGUAGGGGUGUCCGAUAAUGACUUUUUGCCGAUAUCCGAUAUUCCGAUAUUGUCCAACUCUUUAAUUACCGAUACCGAUAUCAACCGAUAUAUACAGUCGUGGAAUUAACACAUUAUUAUGCCUAAUUUGGACAACCAAGUAUGGUGAAGAUAAGGCACUUUUUAAAAAA